AUGGGAAAAAAAUAUCCUCCGAUACCACCUUCACCAUCGUCAACGAACAAUCCUUCAUCUCGAAUGUUCUGCGUCUCGUAUGCAUCAUCUCAGCACCAACAACGGUCGGUAAAUACGCCGACAAUCCACGAGCAACAGGAGGAAAUCUAUUCGUCUCUCAAAAAAGUGCGAACUUCUGAUGAUCUAACUUCAAUUCAAUUGCCUAUUGAGAAACAUGUUACUAUGAUUCCGCUGGGAAGCCCACAUACUUUGAAUCGAGAGACCCCAGCAAACGGAACCGUAAUCAGAGUUAUUUCCGGAGUUCCAAACGAAGUGGAACUUGAAAGGAUGAAGGAGUUGGUGCCAAAAAUGCGUCCAGACCACGUCUUCCAUCAAACGAUUCCCCACCAACCAAUUCCUCAGCAAGGACAGUCACAGAGAAAAGUAGAAAUUCAAGAGCCGAAGAAAGACUUUGAAAGUUGGUCGGGUCGAGCAAUGGAAGGUCGAGUAUCAGGUGGCCAAGUACGCGGAACUAACAAUAUUCGUGGAUACUGGGAACGAAACAUACAAAUUGAACUGAGACAAAGAGCAGAAGAAGAAAGAAGACAAAGACCUAAAAGUUAUGGAUUUCCAAAUGGAGAUCAACAGAUGCAUUGUCCGCUUCCGAUCCCAGUCGACAGUAGAAUCCCAGAAGAACGCCUUCGUAAAAUGGAAGAAACUGAAAGAGAGGCUAUUGAAGUUAAAAAAGAAAUUCAUGAAGAAGCGGAAAUGGCAUCUGGAAGUAACACUCGGAAACUAUCAAAAGGAAAAAGUCUGGAUUCAUUGAGCAUGCAAGUGGACUAUCAGCCAUGGUACGACACUGAAAAGAUCAAGUCAGCAGUGUCGAGAGAAUCAAUCGCCAACAUUGCUACGUCACGUGAAUUCUUCGAAACCGCUUCAACUAGAGAUUGGAGAUCAGCUGCGAAUAGUCGUCGUGAUUCGAUGUGCUCUCUAAGCAUGGCACCACCACUUCCACCAAAGUCAGAUGCCGUUCAAUUGCGACAGGCAGCUGUGAAUUAUAAUAAUUCAAGAGCCUAUCAUCAGAAUGGAGGUUCUCAGCCAUACGGGCAACAGUAUCCACCGAAUCUUUCUUCAGUUCCAGUUAACCCACAGAAUGUUAACGUGUUAACUAUUUCCAGUGGAUAUGACGGAAAUCAAGCGAUUCAGAAGCAACAACCAGUUCAACAGCCACUUCAAACAUCUAUAAAUAGACUUCUUCAGCAGGAUUCUCCUCAAACUGCUGAUCCUAUUGAGCAGCAAGAAGUGUUACUGAUGCUUUACCUUAAACAAAACCUGGAUAUUGUUCAUGGUCUUGGAAUCCAUAUUCCAUCUGAACUUCUAGCUGAAAUGGAAGAUCUUCAAGCGUUGCCAGUUGAAUUGAGAAUUAGUGAUGAGGAACCACACAGAAUGUUCAGUCCGGUCAACAAAAAUGGGCGAUAUCAACGAAAACCUCAAAUGGCUCCUAAGGUUGUCAGCGGUCCAAAGUAUCCAGGUGGUAGGCCUAUUCCAGUCAAUAGUCAGAGGAGCCGUCAAAAUAGUGAAAUGAGUGGAUCGAACAUGGAUCUUUCGUAUAAUCAGCAUCAACACGCUCACUACGGAUAUCACUGA